AUGAAUGAUAAUAACCUUUAUAUUUCCAGAUUUAAAGUCCAAUGUUUUUACGGUAUCUACAAUAUAUUGACUCUUAUGGGGCAAUCGGUACUGCUUUACUUUACUUUCCACAAUUUUUUUAAUAGUGAAGUCUCAUUGUCGUCAGUCUCUUACGUCCUAUUUUAUGUCGUAAAUUUCACUGCGGCAAUAUCAUUAGUAAGAUUGGCUAAGUGCUGGCCAAAAUUAAUGAAACUAGCUGAAGAAACUGAACAGAGUCUGACUCUAUUGAAGCUGGAUGGCCACACCAUUAAAAAAUCAAACAUAAUUGCAAUUGUGAUGAUACUAACGAGUUUGGUGACACACAGUCUCUCGACCAUCUUCAUUGUAAAGUUAACUAUUGAAUGUGUUUCUAAUACUACUUCAACUUACUUAAGCAAUGAGAUCUUUGAAUCAUACGUGAAAAUCAGAAUGUUUUUCAUUUUUAACCAUGUACCUUACAGUGAAUUAAAAGCAAUUUCAGCUAUGAUAUUUCAUUUGCAAACUACCAUCUUGACCUGCUACGUCGAUAUUUUAACGAUUUGCUGUAGCAUUUAUAUAACCUCAUAUUUUUACAACCUGAAUAAAAUUAUAUAUUCUAGGAAGAACAAUAGUCCAAUAUCGUGGGGCCAACUACGAGAACACUAUUCAAAAUUAGCGCUACUGGUGAAGGAAAUAGAUGCCCAACUGAGCAGCUUUACUCUUUUGUCAUUCUUCGGUGACAUAUAUUUCAUCUGUCUCCAGCUGUUCACUAUAUUGCACAAAUCUAUUGCAAAUUUCAAGUUCAAGAAUUGUGAUGCAGUAAAAAGUAAUAGCAUGCUAGCCAGUCCAGAAUACAUCAUCGCCUACUACAGCACUUUCUUGUUCUUGAUGCUGAGAUUUAUAUCGCUGUCCUUGUUUGCUGCAAACGUACACAACAUUGCGCAAAAGCCAGUAAUACCAGUGUACAGCGUACAGCCCGAAGAAUAUGAUCAGGAGGUUGAAAGAUUCCAAUUAAUACUUCGUUUUACAACAGUAGCGUUUAGUGGAAAGUUAUUCUACGUCACUCGAAAUACGAUUUUACAAGCAAUAAGCACAAUAAUAACUUACGAACUGGUGCUAUUGCAGUUCAGUAAGACAUAUUUAGAAGAUGAUUCAGUCAAUAAUACAACUUCAGUAGUUGACAAUUGGGAUUAA